GGGGCGGGGCGGGGCGCGCGCGUCCCCCCGCGGCGGUGCCCGCUCCCGCCGGGCCGCCCGCCCGCACCGACAUGUCGCCCGCCAUCGCGGCCAAGGAGGGCGGCCGGCAGCGCCGCUCCGGGAGCCACCACCACUGCCUGGACGUGAGGGGCGAGGCGCCCAGCGCCCUGCAGCUCUGCGGGGACGGGCUGCCGGGCGGCGAGGCCGAGGCGCUGCUGCUGCCGGAGCCGGCGGCGCGGGGGGCGCGGGGGUUCCGGGCGGAGCUGGGCAGCAUCCUGCUGCUGCUGGUGCUGUACGUGCUGCAGGGCAUCCCGCUGGGCCUGGCGGGCAGCGUCCCCCUCAUCCUGCAGAGCAAGAGCGCCAGCUACACCGACCAGGCCUUCUUCAGCUUCGUGUUCUGGCCCUUCAGCCUCAAGCUGCUCUGGGCCCCCUUGGUGGACGCCGUCUACCUGCGGGGCUUCGGCCGCCGCAAGUCCUGGCUGGUGCCCACGCAGUACGUCCUGGGGCUCUUCAUGAUCUACAUGUCCACCCAGGUGGACCUGCUGCUGGGCGACGGGGAGGGCCGGGGCCCCGACGUGGUGGCCCUCACUGUGACUUUCUUCCUCUUCGAGUUCCUGGCGGCGACGCAGGACAUUGCGGUGGACGGCUGGGCCCUGACCAUGUUAUCCAGGGAGAACGUGGGCUACGCCUCCACCUGCAACUCCGUGGGCCAGACGGCCGGAUACUUCCUGGGGAACGUCCUCUUCCUGGCCCUCGAGUCGGCUUCCUUCUGCAACAAGUACCUGCGGUUCCAGCCCCAGCCCCGGGGGAUUGUCACCCUCUCAGAUUUCCUGUUUUUCUGGGGAGCUGUCUUUUUAAUUACCACUACACUGGUUGCCCUUUUGAAAAAGGAAAACAAGGAACUAACGCCAACAAAAGAAGAAACAAAAGGCAUCACUGAUACCUACAGGCUGCUAUUCUCAAUAAUCAAGAUGCCAGCAGUUCUUACUUUCUGUCUCUUGAUUCUCACAGCAAAAGUUGGAUUCUCAGCAGCAGAUGCUGUAACAGGACUCAAGCUGGUGGAAGAGGGUGUCCCAAAAGAGCACUUGGCUCUGCUGGCUGUCCCCAUGGUUCCUUUACAGAUCAUACUGCCUCUGAUUAUCAGCAAGUACACGGCAGGCCCCCAGCCUCUCAACACGUUUUACAAAGCUAUGCCUUUUAGGUUGCUGCUUGGUCUGGAAUUUGCUUUUUUGGUAUGGUGGACCCCUAAAGUCAAACACGAAGGAGGAUUUCCUUUCUACUACUAUGCUGUAGUAUUGCUGAGUUAUGCUCUACAUCAGAUCACGCUGUACAGCAUGUACGUGGCCAUCAUGGCCUUCAACGCCAAGGUCAGCGACCCGCUGAUCGGAGGGACCUACAUGACACUCCUCAACACCGUGUCCAACCUGGGGGGGAACUGGCCUUCCACUGUUGCCCUCUGGCUUGUGGACCCACUCACAGUGAAAGAGUGUGCAGGGGCCCGGGACCAGACCUGUGGAACCACUGUGGCUGCAGAACUCUGCACCAAAGCUGGUGGUUCCUGUGUCACCACCUUGGACGGUUACUACGUGGAAUCCAUCAUCUGUGUCAUCCUGGGAUUUGGCUGGUGGUUUCUACUUGGGCCAAAACUUAAAAAGCUGCAGGACGAAGGACAGUCUUCCUGGAAGUGCAAGAGGACCAAUUGAUGCAGUUGAAAUGUUGGAUGGACUGGCAAGGUCAUUUUAGUUUUAUUACAAAGAUAUAUCCCAUAAUCAAUAAACAGGAAUACUGGUAUUUUUAAAUGCCGCGUCACCAAAAAAACGAGGUGGCCAAGACAGUGGUGUGUCUGUAUGUGAGACCACUUGCCCACCAAUAUGAAAAUGUAAGUUCAGAAUGGAAUUGUUAGAAACUGGCACCUGUGUACUGCAUACAUGUCCCCUGCUCUAGCUUCACUCCUGGCUGCUGGUACCACCAACGGCCCGAUUUCCAUGCCGUGCCUAUGGAAAAGCUAAUUGUGCCAUGUCUGUCUAAACAGCAGCCUUGUCAGCUCAGUCCCAGCUCUUUAUUUUCAAACAGAAAUGAUCUGACAGGGGGAGUUGACCCAGGGAAGGAUGUCAAAGGCAUUUUGACUUGUAGGUUGAGCGUGGUGUGCUACAAAAUUCCCAGUGGGAAGACAAACGUAACGUGUCUGGGCUUUGUUUCUUCUCACCUUCUGAACUGUAACCACACCUCAACAGAUGAAAUGUUUCAGAUAUUCUUUUAAAUGUAUUUUCUGGCUUUUAUAAGCUUUAAAGAUUUAUAAGAAAAUAUUUUUAUAAACUAAUUACAUUUGUUUAAUUUAUGUCUGCUGUUUCAAAGCAUUUUGAUUUGCAUUCAAGGUGCUUUCUUGAUGAGAACUCGCUGUAAGGUAGGAGUUAAGAGUAACGCACAAUACUCUAAGCCUUGAUCCCCAGGAUGCAAACUGGACAGUGCAGCAGCUGGCACACCUGGACAGGCUUCCAAAGGAGGCCCUUGUCCUUUUGAGGGAAGGAAUUUAUAGCAUUACUUCCUCUAUGUCACUAAAAUCCAAGCAUUCUGCUUUAAAAUCAGUGGAAAAAAUGUGACUGUUCCCAUCUAGGGGUGAGGGAAGAUGAUCGGUGCCUUUGAGAGUGAUUUGGUGAUGACAAACUUGCCAAAUUCCCAGUGAGUUGGUGUACAACUUGCUGUCCCAGAAAUCGAGCAAGGUAAAUCUUGUGGUAGAGCUGCUACAGGAGGUUCCUGCUGCUCCAUGCCCUGCAACGUGGCCCCUGGUUUGUCAGAAGGGAGGUCCCCCUGUGCCUCAGGGAUGGGCAGCUUGGGGGCUCUGCACACAGCUGGGUGGAUGUGGAGCAUCAUUAGCAAAAAAGAAAACUGUUAAAAAUACCUUUGAAAGGUAUGUGAUUUUUCCUUUUGCAUUCUGUUUCUUGCCUUGUCAAUACUGGAAGUGUUGCAUCCUCAGCUUGGUGUUCCAAACUCCUGAGAGAGUUGUGGACCUUUUGUUAGUGUGUGUUGCAGGAUAAAAGUAAAUGAAGACCGACUUUUGAGUAAUUGGAGGGGACCUGGGUGUGUAGAAAGUGCCUGUGUAACAAAAGGAGUAAGGAGGGGUCCAGGAGAGGACAGUGUGACCAAGUGCUUCCCUGGUCACAGAAGCCUGUUCCCAGUCUCUCCCCCUCUCCCUUCCCAUAGUGACGGCCCUGUUGGUUGGGGGUGCAGAUCCAAACCCUGGGCUGUUGGUCUCCCUGACUGUCCUCUGCAGUCCAAGCUAAAUAAAAUCACAUUGCUUUUAUUCCCCAGACUAGGAGUCCUCCAGUUUCACCUCUGCAUAAGCACAAAAAGAGUGUAAGAACAUGUCAGAGACCAUAGUGGAAGGCAGAUGGAUCUUUCAGCCCUCCCCAGAUCGUCUCCAGUUCUGCCGUUACUGGAGCAGGGUAUGACUUCAAUCCCAUUCCAUCCAUACCCUGAGAUUCUCUUUCUUUCCUGACUUGGAGGAAAAACUUCUCAAGUGCAGAAUAUGGGAAAUUGAAUCAUAAGUGCUUUCAAGUUGGCUUUUACUUUGCAGUUUUGUUUCACUGUUUCUGAAGGUGCCAGCAAAUCUCCUUAUUCAUAAAGAUGGGCUGACAAUUGCUUGACAACAUUGCAGUUAAACACAUCUAUAUUAAAAGUUACCUCAAUUAAAAAACUGUGUCCUUUUCAAACUGGAGAAACAACUGGUCGAUUAGUUUGUUUAAUCUUGUGCUAUUUUGUAACACAAGUCAGAAACCUUCCUGCAAUACUAAAAAAAAAGAAAAAAAAAAAAAAGGUAAACUUGGGUCUUGCUGCUUCUUUUCUCCCAACCCUGUUUUAAAGUGAAAUCAUUAAUUUUUUAUUAUUUUUUUUUAAGAUUAGAAUUAUUGCAGACAUCUUUAACAUAAAACCAAAAGAAAACCACUUUUAAAACUUCAAGAAGAAAGGAGCAACCCAACCUGUUCCUUGAGUGUCAGUUACGAGAAUGGGAACCUUAGUUACUGCAGGGCUUUGUGGUCCUGCAUGGCCUGACUGGGCCCAUGGGCUCAGAUGGGUGUUACCUCUAGCAAAAGGGAAGUGGCAGACACUGGAUUUUUUUAAGUAAAGGGUUUGUGCUGGUUUAAAUUCCUGAGCAGGAUAACUGUGAAGUGAGACAGGUUCCAGGGGAGAGGGUGAAGGGUCAGUGCAGGUGUUCCUGGGGAGCAGAGGCAGAGAGCAGCUCCAUUAGCCACAGCUGUGGGGGGUUGCCAUGCAGGAGAGUCAUUGUCACCUGCACUCACCUGUGUAACAACCUGGUUAUUUUAAAGCACCAACUCCAGGUGUUGUCUGUGUUACAGACACUGAAGAAUCUGCCAGUACCAAUUGUCAACAGUUCUUUAUUUUCCCUAAAGCUGUUUCAUGUCCCUGUCUUCUGGGUGUUGGCCGUGUAGUGUUGUGUGAUGGUGUUUGGAUGAUUUCUGAUAAAAUAGGGAGGAGAGUUCUGUCCCUGAGUGGGCACUGGGGGAAAGCAGAGCCCCUCGGCAGCAGGGAAUGGAGGCCUGGAGCUCCUGCAGGCCUCAGUGUUGUCUGGCUCUCCUGGCCCCCCGUGAGACAGUGCUGUUCAGCAUGGCACCCAACACACACCUGGUGACACAGCAGCCCCUGGGCUCCAAGCUGAAAACCAGAGUUUGCACUAUAUCUAUACUAUAUCUAUGUACUUAAUACAGCUAACACUAUAUGCCUUUAUUUGAAAAAAGUUACAAGGGUAAUUUUUACUUGUCCAACUUACCUCAGAGCCAGUAAUUGAAGAACUGUCAUAGUCUGAACCUUAGAUACAGUGUUUUGAUUCAAGUGUAGGGUUUGCUGCUUUGGAUCAUAAAUUCCCAAUUAAAUCUGUGCUUUUCCUGAAAUCCUGAGUUGUCACCAUUACUGGGAUCGUCUCAUGUCCCAAUGGUUCAUGUAGAAACCUAGAACUGCUUGAGAUGGAAGACUUCUGCAAUCAUACACGCACUUUUCUGUCCUUGUCUGAUUAUGCUCUAACACUGUAUGCGUUUCUUUAAAGACCACGUGGGCGCGUUGCAGAGAUGGGUGGUUCAGAGCAGCGGGUGCCUCGAGCCGUUCCGUAAUGAGUUAUAAAUACAACUAUAAAUUGUUCGCUUUGAGCUGAGGGAAAAGAAUAAACAACAGUGACGAUGA